UCUCCCCCUUGACGGUCACGACACCAACCAUCCCCUCCUUCGCGAAUCACCACCUUUUCCCCAUUCCGACAUGCGACCCCGACGCCGUGAAUCGGCCAAACCCCUUCUGGACUGAAACUUACCAAACCUUGAUUCCCUGAUCUUCUCUUUGAUUUGAUUUGGAAUUUUAAGUUGGUUUCUCUCUCACUCUUUACUGAAUUCAAAACCCUAGAGGCUCCAAGUCUAGAAUAAAACCGCAAACGCCACCUCAUUCUGCCCUGACUCAUCAGACCGACCAAAGGUUCAGAUUCAAUGGAGACGAACACCUCUCAACCACUCAAGGAUGAUGGGCACAGCUGGGCCAUGCUGCAGGACCGAAUCAGUAAUUUACCACCCGAAAUCCUUGUCUGUAUAGUAUCACUCUUGCCGCUAAAGGAAGCAGCAGCUACUAGUAUUCUUUCAAGGCGAUGGCGCCAUGUAUGGGCAUCUACUACGACUCUCAGUUUUGACGCUGUUAACUUUGAUGUUGGCGAUGGUACUAUCACCACUACUAUACAACGCUUCUUGAAGCUCGAGAAACAAGCGAGAGACCAGGAAAGCCGCCUCUACGUCAAUUGGGUCGAUCACAUUCUGGGCCAACAUAGAGGCCAAUGCAUUGAACGCUUCGGGGUUUGCUUUUUUCUGCAAAGCGACUUUGCAGGUUCCAUUGCCAAAUGGAUCCAAUUUGCAAUGGAAAAGAGGGUUCAAAUACUUGAGUUGGAGCUUUGGACAGACUCAAUAGCUUGCCUUGAUGAUGACUACACAUUUCCCCACAAGCUACUAUUGGGUCCGGAAAAGCAGAAGGGCCUGUUUUCUAACCUUCCAAGCCUACGCCCUUGUGGAUACAGUAUUGCUCCUUUCAAGUCCCUCAGAGUUGUUCGCUUUAAACAUGUUGGUGUGACUGGCGAUGCUGUUGAGUUCUGUUGUCCAACUGUCCAGUUCUAGAACGUUUGUCGCUGAGUUUUGCCAAAGAUUUAGGCAAGCUAAGAGUGAUAGGUCCCUCCAUCGCGUUGAAAUAUUUAGAGAUAACGUAUUGCCUUGAUCUCAGGUUCAUUGAGAUCUCUGGUGCAAACAUUGUCUCCUUUAUUUAUUGUGGACCGAUAAGAGAUUUGAGUUUGAAUAAUGUGCCCCUGCUGGUUGAGGUAUCCAUUUACAAGUGGGGCACUUUUGCUGAAUUCAUAAGGCUUGCGUUCAGUCAACUCUCAUGCUGUCUUUCUCAUUUAGAGACCCUGAAGCUGGAUAUCAGGAAAGCGGUUAGCAUACUUAUCCCAUGUUAUUUGGUUGAGAUCAAGUAUUGUCGCGUCCCUUACUCAGUUGUUGUUGGCUUUCAGGUCUACAAUCAGAAUCAUGCGUUUCCCGCGUUAUCAAAUCUAAAGCAUUUGGAAUUAUUAGUGGAUGCCGACUACUGUCUGUCCCUUGGUCACUUAGCUUCUUUCAUGAAGGCAGCUCCUGACUUGCGCAGCCUUGUUUUGGGGUUGGAAUUUGGAACCUCCAACGAGGACAUGGCAAUACUAGAGAAAGUUUCCAAACAACCCCAUCACUGCCUCAAGGUAGGUGGUAGAAAUAGCAGGGUAUCGGGGUCACAGGUGUUGCGUAAAGCAUGUCAGGUACUUGGUGAAGAAUGUUGUUGCACUAGAGAAGAUUGUUAUAAUUCCUGUCCGGUUUUGGUGUUGGCCUACGGGAAUCGAGAUCAAUUACCUACUGGAGAACGAGGAAGCGAAUGCAAGAGAUCAUGCCAUCCAACACCUCAAGAAAAAAGUGCCUGCUAGUGUAGAAUUUGUGUGCCUGUAGGAGUGCAGCGCCGCAGUGCUUUUUGUUAAAUGAUAGAUUUUAUUAGAUUAGAUGUUAGGUUAGUUACCGAUAGAGAACCCGCAACGUAUUGCUUAUAUUAUUAAAUAUUAUCUACAGUUUGUAUUA